ACAACUAAGAACUCAUCAUGUAAAUGUGAUAAACUAAAACAUGAAGGAAAUAUCCAUUUGGCACGUUCUCCAAAAACUCAGACCUGAUUCACCCAAUCAUUCUAACAGUAUAUCCGUUUCUCUCUGCAUUUUCCCCUACAGCAGCACUUCAGAGGUUAUUUUUCUCUUCAUUUAUUUGCGAUACCUUCAUCCUGCUUUCUCACACCUCAAAGACAGCUCUUAUCUAGGCCUGCCCACCUGAUUCGCCUAUAAAAGACCCUGAAGUUUGAGAAGAGGCCACGAAACCAGCAGCAGAAGAACCAGAAGAGCAGUCGCGUUGAGAAGCAAACUUCUGUUCAUCUACCUAUCAAUACAAUACAUCCAUUGGACGUGUGUAUAUGAACUCUACAGAAGCUAUCAAAAUGAAAGGCGUCCAAUUUCUUGCUGGUCUUCUACUUUCCCUUUUCGUUCAAAACAGCAUGUGUGCCCCUUUGCAAGCAGAAAACACAAGCACAGAGACAGUAGAAAGUCUUCUACCGAGGGGUCAAGAUUUCACAACGGUAAAGAGGCAUUCUGAGGGGACGUUCUCAAACGACUACAGCAAAUACUUGGAGACCAGGAGGGCGCAGGACUUUGUUCAAUGGCUCAUGAAUUCAAAGAGAAACGGUGGUCCAGCCAGGCGUCAUGCUGAAGGAACCUACACCAGCGACAUCAGCUCCUACCUGCAAGACCAAGCGGCCCAGAACUUUGUCGCCUGGCUAAAAUCUGGACAGCCCAAACAAGAUGUUGCAGGCAACAGAGGUGCAGAUCUGCCCCGUAGGAGGCAUGUAGAUGGCAGUUUCACCAGUGACGUCAACAAGGUUUUGGACAGCAUGGCUGCCAAGGAGUACUUACAAUGGUUGAUGAACUCUAAAACAUCGGGGACAAGUGGCAAACAAAGUGGGAAUUAAUGAAGAGCCUAUUUGGUUUCCCUAGAAGAGCUUAAAUAUGGAUCCUGAAGGGCCUCCAGUCAUCAAAGAAUGGAAGCCAUAUUGCUUAAAGCCAAAACUGAUUCAACUCUGGAAAUCUAAAGCCAUAGUCCUAUUUUUAUUUUAUUUUUGUAGACAUUUGAGCACUGUAGUCAUCGUUAUUUAUUUUCCCAAGAGUUAAAGAACAUUGUGUACGUAAUAAGGAAAAUUGAAAUAUUUUUCUACAGUUUUGAAUCAUUUUCUAUGUGUGCGAUAUUGAAGGAACAUAAUCUCAGGUUAAUGCACUAAAUACUCAGGUAAACAUUUUCUUUUACUUGUGUCACCGCUGUAUCAAACUGUGGUGUGUGAUGGUGUCCUGCCCUGCAAAAUAAACAUUUUCAUAUUCGA